CUCGCCCCCCUUGACUGCUAAUUUUUUUUUCUUAACUUCUUUAAAACUGAUCUUGAAUGCAUACAUCCCGCAAACGCAGCUCCCUUAAUCCUAUGGAAUAAUUCAAUUCGUGAAUGCACUUGGAGCUCUAGAUGACCGCUUUAUAAGGCAGCGCCCCUCGGAGCUGGGCGGCUGCAUUCUACCUGGGACACUCGAGGAGGCACACGAGGUGGAGAGUGGACGGGUGCCUCGCGCCACCGCCUCUCCCGAGGGUGCGUUCUGAUCAGGAUGUCAGACAAACUCAAGGAACGCAAAAGAACCCCCGUUUCCCACAAAGUGAUAGAAAAGCGGAGGAGGGAUCGGAUUAACCGCUGUUUGAACGAGCUGGGCAAGACGGUGCCCAUGGCCCUGGCGAAGCAGAGUUCCGGGAAGUUAGAGAAGGCGGAGAUCCUCGAGAUGACCGUUCAGUACCUGAGGGCCCUCCACUCUGCUGAUUUUCCCCGGGGAAGGGAAAAAGAACUGCUAGCGGAAUUUGCCAACUACUUCCACUACGGUUACCACGAGUGCAUGAAGAACCUGGUGCACUACCUCACCACCGUGGAACGGAUGGAGACCAAGGACACCAAGUACGCGCGCAUCCUCGCCUUCUUGCAGUCCAAGGCCCGCUUGGGUGCCGAACCCUCCUUCCAGCCACUGGGGUCGCUCUCCGAGACGGAUUUCUCCUAUCAGCUGCACCCAGCGGGGCCAGAGUUCGCGGGCCACAGCCCGGGUGAGGCCUCCGUGUUCCCGCAGGGCGCGGCCCCCGGGCCCUUUCCCUGGCCUCCUGGCGCUGCUCGCAGCCCGGCGCUGCCCUACGUGCCCAGCGCGCCCGUGCCGCUGCCUAGCCCAGCGCAGCAGCACAGCCCCUUCCUAACGCCGGUGCAGGGGCUGGACCGGCAUUACCUCAACCUGAUCGGCCACGCCCACCCCAAUACCCUCAAUUUACACACCUCCCAGCACCCCACAGUGCUCUGAAGCCAACUGACCUGCCAGAUUUCUCUGCGCUAGGGGCACUGCUUAGGAGAAAUACUGUAUAUUGUACAGGUGUAAAUAUUGUGCUGACAAAUAGUUGACUGGGGGAAGGCCAAGAUCGAAUUAGUUUUCUGCAGGAUCUUCCC